UAUUAAUAAUUUCUCUUUCUAAAACAAAAAAAAUGGGUCUAAAGAAAACAAGUAGCAGCAAACAACAAACAGCAGCUUUGAAACAAAUGAUCAAAAGAUGUUCUAGUUUUGGAAAAAAUGAGAAUAAUGGUUUCCCUCAUGAUGUUCCAAAAGGACAUUUUGUUGUUUACGUUGGAGAAAAUAGAAGUAGAUAUAUAAUACCUAUUUCUUGGUUAACAUAUCCUCAAUUUCAAAAUUUGCUUCAAAGAGCUGAAGAAGAAUUUGGAUUUAGUCAUGAGAUGGGCAUUACUAUUCCUUGUCAUGAACAUGAUUUUUGUUCACUUAUUUCAAUGUUUAGAUGAAACAACAAAAUAUAAUCUUCCUUUUUUCUUUUUUUUCCCUCUCUCUCUAUUAUAUCAUGCUAUUAUAAAGUACUAAAUAGGCUUUAUUUCACUGACAAAAGGAUAUUCCCAUAUAUUAUAAACUCUUUUUGAGUUUGUAUAUUUGGUUUUAAUUUUCAUCUACUUUAUUGUUGUUAGUUUCAUCAGUGGUGUGGAUUCUGCACCCGUGGAAAUUAAAUCUCUUGUUUCUAUUGUUAUAUAUUAUACAAA